UCACCAAAAUACUGUAGAGCAGUGUUUCUCAACUGGUGGGUCGCGACCCAAAAGUGGGUCGCGGGGCCGUUUUUGGUGGGUCGCGAGCCUUUUUCUAAAAAGAGAGAAAAAUAAAGAUAAUCCAAUUUAGUGGCGAGUCAUUGUAGUUCCCCUCCGCACCCGCAGGGGGUCGUCGUGUCAGCAGCGACCGGUGAGGACACUCGUAUUACUGUAGAAGAAACUGCAUGUUUUCAUAGCAACAGCAGCAUGGCUAAACGAGCAACAACAGCUGGACGCGGCGGGGAAAAAGACAAUGACGAAAACAAUAAGCACGCAUCUGAAUAAACUUUUCGAGCGGUUUAGCGACUACUUUCCCGAUAAACAACCCGAGGACGACUGGGUGCGCGACCCGUUUGGAAUAAACAUGGAAAGCAUCACGUUGCCUAGCAGCGAUGAAUGUCAGCUGGUGGAGCUAUCAUGUGACCGCACUCUCAGAAAGAAAUUCACAGAGGCAGCUGCACACACCAACUAACAUCCUCCUCCUCUCUCUGGCCGUCUCAGACUUUGUUGUUGGUCUCCUGUUAAUUCCUGGAGAAAUCCUCGUACGGAAAGCCUGCUGGUUUCUUGGUAACUUUGCAUGUUCUAUGUAUCAUUACACAGGAUUUGUCAUCACUUCUGCCUCAGUAGGAGACAUGGUGCUGAUAUCAGUUGACCGUUAUGUGGCUAUUUGUGACCCUCUGCAUUAUCACACCAGAAUUACAGAGGGGAGAGUUAAACUCUGGGUUUGUCUGUGUUGGCUAUUUUCUGGUCUCUACAACACUUUAUUCAUAAAAACUCAAAUGGACAGCCAUAACUCCUGCUAUGGAGAGUGUAUAAUUAACAUUGACCUCAUUGGGGGAACUGUUGACUUUAUUGUCACCUUCAUUCUUCCAGUUACAGCCAUCAUAUUUCUGUAUAUGAGAGUAUUUGUGGUGGCUGUGUCUCAGGCUCGUGCCAUGCGCUCUCACACUGCAGCUCUCACUGUAGAGACUUCAGUGAAUCUGUCAACAAAAAAAUCUGAGUUAAAAGCAGCCAAGACUCUGGGUAUAGUUGUAUUGGUUUUUCUAAUGUGUUUCUGCCCGUAUUACUUUCUGACUCUUGUGAGAGGCAGUGCAUUUGUUGCAUUUUCACUUUUUAACUUUGUAUUCAACUGUAACUCCUGUCUAAACCCUGUGAUCUAUGCCCUGUUUUACCCCUGGUUUAGGAAAGCCAUUAAGCUCAUUGUCACCCUGCAGAUCCUGCAGCCUGACUCUUGUGAGGCCAACAUACUGUAGUUAUCUCAGCUAAUGUUUCUCAUGUUUUGUUUCACUGCCUGUAUGACUCUGCAAUUUACUCAACAGCUCAUUUACAUUCUCUGUGGUCUGUCUUGCAAUUUAAAUCCUACCUUAAUCCUGUGAUCUAUGCCCAGAAUUGUACUGCCUGGUGUGCAGCACAAUUCAUUUUCACUUUUCAGGUAUUUAGCUCAGCUUCUGUGAGGAUAACGUGCUGCAAAAAUGUGUUACAAGAGUUGCAAUGAAUCUUUUCUUUUUGUCUUCAUUGUAUCACAGAAUUGUGCUGCUUAUUGAGAAUUUUUUGUCAUGACUGCAACUUUUUGCAUAUUUAGGAGUAAACCAAUACAGAAGGUUAUGACAAUAGUGUCUGUUGUUGUCAUCAUCAGGUUCAUUGUGAUUGCUCUGUGCUGCUUCUUUCAUUUGUCAGAAAGCAAAUGAAAGACAUCAAGUCUCUCUCCCUCUCCUGUUAUUGCUGCUGCUGUAGUUCAUGUCUGAGUUUUCACCUUUCUCAAGCUGUGCAGAAAAUGCUGCCACAGCAGCAGCCAUGUACCAAAUGAGUGUGACACACAUAACAUAUGAAUUUCCAGUCCACUUGACUAAUACUUUGUGCUGGAGAUACAUUCUGUGCAAAGUUUUGUCCCAAUAUGUUGUUACAGCAACACAUCUGUUGUGAAUGAAUAACAAGCCACUGCAUCUCACAUUUUGUGAAUCUUGUAAAUCAAGUAAAUUAUCAGGAAAAUGUGAUCAGUAAUUGUCUGAAUGCUAAAAGAAACCUACCAGUUAUGCAGAAUAACAGAAUUACAUUCUUGAAAUCAUUAGCUUUUUCUUGUGGGAGGGAGAAACAUCGUCACCAUCAGUAUCUUCCACACAGCAGCACACAUGAAAUGUAAUUCUGGCCCUUAGAGAGGCUUAUGAUAGUUAUCAAGGUAAAGAAGAAGGAGGAAGCUGUACUGGUUGAUUUUUUCUUUAAAUACUGAAUAAUCAACAUGAAAGUGACAUUUUAUUGUUCAAGCUGGUUGAGACGUGGAUCUUUUUUGAAAGUUGUCAUUUACUGUUUGAAGUGCCCUCAUAGACUCCCCAGAUAAAAGGGAGAAUAUGUUUGUUUUAUUCAUAUUUCACCUUGCCUGUCUUAUGCUGUUAGAUAUCUAUGUAGUUGGACUGAUUUAGAGGCCUACAGAGUGAACGGCCUGCAGAAGUGAGCGAGAUGGUAGAUAAAUUAGACCAGGGUUAUUAAGAGGGGAAAGAGAGACAGACUGAUGUCUGUGAAAAUGCAAACAGUUGAUCAGUGCUUUGUAGUUUAGAGAAAGCUACAGCCUUUUUAUAGAGUCUGGCUAUAAUUAUAUGGGUGUUGUGCUUGUUUUGUGUCAUCUUUCUUUUAUUUUAGUGAAAGUAAACAUUGUUUGCUUCUUUUUCUCUCAGAUGCCUCUUCUCCUCACGACACACAUAGACACGCAACAUACACACACACACACACACUAAGUUCCCGUUUUACAGGAAGAAACACAUAAACUAAGCUUCAAUACCUGCUUUCUGGGGAUUGACACUUCACCACACACACAUGGCCCUCGGCAUAUGGGGACGCAGCACAUAGUGCAUAUACACCCACUGUCUGUGUAUACUUCAUUUUAAGAAGCACGUACACUACACAUACACGUUAGAAACAUUUGAUGAGAGAGCUGAGAUGAACUGAAGUACACUGAGUCCAAAUUUUGUGAAAAUGAAAUUUUUGCAGAGUUUUUUUUCAACCAAGAAAUAGAGUUUCAGAGUUGUUUUUCACCACUACAAGCAGGUCUCUCAUGGGAUUAGUAAUACCUGAACAAUCACGCCUAGCAGCAACUCAUAAAGCAAAACAUAAACAUCACUUUCAAAAGAGUUUAAAAAAAAGAAACAUAACAUCGCAAAGCACUAAAAUAUAUGGAUUAAAUUUAGGGAGACAAAAGGAAAAGCAAAACAACCAAGGGGAUGAUUACAUUUCCGAUAAUUAAUUGUAAUUUGUGUCACAACUGAAGUAAUGAAUAUGAAAUAAGGAUAAUAUUUUAUUAAUAAAUAUAUCCACCAAGAGGAUAAAGUGACCAGCCACAUUUAAUAAUUGACCAAACAAUAAAGCUGGUAUUUGAGCCUAAUCUUAGAAUAUAGUGUUUUGAGUCUUAUUUCAGAAUGGAUGUGCUGUGUUGUGCCUCAUUAAAGUCUGACACUCUGUGCUGUUUAUUUAUAGGUGUGAAAUCAUUCAAGUUGAUGUGGCUGAGAGAAAUCCAUUACAUACAUUUACAAUGAAUUAACAACAUAGUUGAACAAUAAACCUUUGUUGAAUCUAUAAUAUAUAUAAUGAUAGAUAGAUGGAUAGAUGGAUAGAUGGAUAGACGGAUAGACAGAUAGACAGAUAGAUAGAUAGAUAGAUAGAUAGAUAGAUAGAUAGAUCCAGCUGCUCACACACAUUACAUUCAAGAUGGAUAAGGAAACAGUGUACAAAUGCACAUACAAGUAUCAUGCAAAUCAUGCUGAUUGAAACAAUGGAAAAAAAUUUGCUGGUAUUUGCAAUUCAAUGGAUUAUCAGAAAAGUACAAAAAGGUACAAAGUGAAAGUAGAGCUAAUAAUAAGCAUAUUGGGUAGGAUUAUUGGUAUUAUUGCACAGCUGAGUUGAGUCACUUGAGUGGAGCAGCAAACAGUCCAGGUCAUGAUCCACUGCCCUUGACUGAGGUGUUGUGGUGCCUGAUGGCUGUGGGGAAAAGGAUCUCCUGAACCGUUCAGUCCUACAGCACAGUGAGAUGAGCUCACUGUAGUUGCUGCUCUGUCCAGCCAGGAUACUGUGAAGAGAGUGCUGUGUCUGCAUCUCUCAACCAGAACCAGCCUUCUUUACCAGCUUCUAGUGUUCCUCUCAUGAAUGCUGCCACCCCAGCAGACCACAGUGUAGAAAACCACACUGGAUACCAAUGACUGCUAGAACACGUGCAGCAUUUCAUUGCAGACGUCGAAGGAUCUUAAUCUUCUGAGCAAGAACAGCUGGUUCUGCCCUUUCUGGUCGAAGGCUUCUGUCCAAUCUGUUGUCAAAGUGCAAACCUAAAUAUUUAUAGGCUUACAUCACUUCAAUGUCCUCCCCUCUGAUGCUCCCCAGCCGGAUUGGGGGAUCUGUGCAGGAACGUUACUCUUUCCCGUUUGUAAGGCAUUUCCCUGCAGCUGUUAGCUCACAUUAUCCUACAUUAUCUUCAGACAGGCAGACGCUGUAGGAGGAAGAUAUGCCAGGACUCUCUGCUCUGGUCAAAAUUAGUUAUUGUCUAUUUUUAUAUGGCGAAGCACACUAGUUGUCUCCAUAUUGUUUUGUAAUCGAAAUUUGACCUUUUCCCAACUACAAUAUAUACCCAAAGAUCAGAGAAAAUCCUGAGAACUGAUGCUGGCAUGGCUUCCGUGAACUGCUGCCCUGUUGGUGUCAUUUGUCCUGUCGUCAGUAAGCCUUAAUCACAACUUAAUUCAUCUGAGUCUCCAGUGUGUCUUUCUGUCUGCUUCCUCACUCUCUUGACCUCUCUGAACUUCCACAACAGGAUCAAAACUGUGGAAGUCACCAAUCAUCUCCUUGGUCUUGGAUAUUUUCAGCAGAAGGCCGUUCUGAGUACAGCAAUCAGUGAAGGCUUUCUACAGGUUCCUGUCUGUACCUUCCUGUCCAUUCCAAAGUAUUUUAUGAAUGCUGCUACCACCAAUAAAGUGUUGGAGGUACAGAAAGCCAGGACGUUAUUGGAAAGCUUGCUGGAACAACCUUUGGUUAAAUGUAGCUCCAAGCCAAGAUAAGUACUAACAACAGAGAAGAACAAAUGCAACACCAGCAGGCCAAGUAAAUCCUUAGCAAGUCUCUCCAGGAUACUAGUGGAGCCCUGAGAAUCUAAAGGGAGGUCAUCAGCUUGAUAUUAGGACAAAUAGCUUUUAUGAUGAACUAAUGCUGCUGAUAGAGUUGUAGUAAAGAAGCCUGUCCCAGUAAUAGCUAAAACAGGGGCAUUUAUAGUUUAGUUUUAAUUUAGUUUAGUAUGUUUGAACUAUUAAAUUUUCAGGAAAGAACAGCUGAUACCAACCUCCAGUCCUGACUCUUUGACUUACAAAGAGAAUAGUGUCUGUGAAGAUUGUCAGUCAUCCAGGUCAUGGCCAUCCUUCAUAUCUUCUUGAGUGAACUUGAUGCUGCUGUCCACUGAGUUGAUGUGCUCUGUGAAGGCUACCUGAUCGCCACCUAAUUCAAAGAUAACGAGGGAUUCUACAGACAGAAGCUGCAAUAUAGGCUCUCCGAUGUCACCCAUUUUGGCCAACCUCUACAUGGAGGAAGUGGAAAACAGAGCUCUGAGCACAUUUAAGGGAAUAACUCCUAGUCAUGGGUUCAGAUAUGUGGACGACAACGGGGUCAAAAUCAAAGUUCAAGAAGUGGAAACCUUCACAGGACACAUCAGCUUGGUGGACAGCAACAUUAAGUUCACCCGGGAAGAUAUGAAGGAUGGCCAGUUGCCAUUUUCAGACUGCGCAGUGCAUAUUGAUGAGAAUGGAGGCCUCAACACUGAAAUCUACAUCAAACCUACACAUACAGACCAAUAUCUGGUGUUUGAUUCCCACUAUCCAUUGGAACAUAAACUGGCGGUCAUCAGAAUCUUAAAGCACUGGGCUGAGAAUGUCCCAUCUGUCAGGGUCCCUGCCUGGCCCUCUUUUUGGUUUGACUCUCUCUCUCUCCCUCCUGAGCUGUCUCCUGUUCCUCCAGAACAACCCCGCCUGCCUGACCUGUGUCCGGACCGUCCUCCGGAACAACCCUGCCUGCCUGACCUGUGUCCGGACCGUCCUCCAGAACAACCCCGCCUGCCUGACCUGUGUCCGGACCGUCCUCCAGAACAACCCUGCCUGCCUGACCUGUGUCCGGACCGUCCUCCAGAACAACCCCGCCUGCCUGACCUGUGUCCGGACCGUCCUCCGGAACAACCCUGCCUGCCUGACCUACCUCUGGGCCGGCCCACAGAGGGGUUCUGUCUCUGCUGCUGUAGGCCACGUCCUGUCUUUUUGGACUGCAUCUAGAGAGGAUUCAGAUCUAUGUUUGACCUGCCCUGUUGAGCCGCAGCCACCGGCUACGCUGCCCACCACUGCAGCACUGAUGCUUUUCCUGGAUCGCCGGUCCUCCGAACCGGGCUACCUCCUCUUUCUGCUUAGAACUCUUGGUUGUGAGUUAAGCCAUUUUGUUCAGUCUUAGUUUUAGUCCCUGUAGUUUCUUCCAUUAGUCUUGAUCUGUCCGGCCGCCGCUGCUAAAUCCUAGUCGCCGCUCCUUCAAAUUUCUUUCUUUUUUUUGUUAUUGUCACAAAUACGCCACUGCUGCAUGUCUCCACCUUCACAGCAGAGUCUUGUACUGUGUCAGGUACUCGCGAAUACUAAGGUAAACUACAGAUAACCGUCUUGCUCAGUAUCUACUCUUUGAUACGUCGGGUUAAUAAUACGACGUUAAUUACUCGCGAGAGCGCAGCGUUGAAAGUGACGUCACGUCCAGCACUCAGGCAGCAGGUCAGAGAGCCAGAGGGGUUUCAUCUUGGAAAAUAGGGCAUCGACUUACCGGAGAAAAGUUAUUAGCUUAAGAUUACUCAUAAUAGAUUUUACAAGUUAAAUAGACAUUCGAAAAUAUUGAUUGCCAGCUAACGUUACGUAACAUAUCGGUAGCUUCAGUUAAUUGGGCCCAGUGCCAACUCAGCAUCACUAACAUGAGUAAAUUAAUUGAUAGCAUUAAGCUAAUAUCUAUACACCAUGAUGUAACUGCUGACUGCGUUUUCAGAUGAGCUUGUUCAAAUUUUUUAUUUUUUAUUUUUUUACAUUCAGCCUUUAAAAAAGCAUUUUGAACUGGCCAUUCAAUAAACAGGUUGUACAAGUAAAAUCUGCAGUCAAGUGUCAUUUGUUUACACGUCACGGCUCCACAGAGAGCCUGCCGCUGCUGCUGAAAAACAUCCU